UAAUCGCUCGGCGGAGGUUUUGCAGGAGGUUCCUGGGGGAUUCUCGGCAUCAGCUUGCUGAAUUUCGCACCGCUAGCGGUAGCUGGUGGACACCGAGGCGCGGCGGCGCCGGAGGUCGGUUCUCUGUGAAUGUAGUCUUUAGAUGGACGCGGAUUUCCUCGGGGUUCCGUGCCCCUCAGCAGUGCGAUCCGGCCACGUCCCGCUAACCUCCCGCACGCUUGCUGUUCCCCGCUCACCUACCAAAGACGCUCUCAGGCCAGCGGUGGCCGGCUGAUAUGUUUUUGCCGCUCUUAUGCCUUUUUUUCCGAGCUUUUCGGACCUGAAGCUGCAGAAGAGAUUGCAUUGAAACACUGGAUACCCGCAGUGGGAAAGGAGGUGGAUGGUGCGAAGAUGCUGCUUUUUGUCGUGCUGGCUCUCUCGGUGCCCACCGCCUCGUUGUCCUCUGACCCGGGCACGAAGGAGAUAUGCUCCGUCUGCUCUUGCACUCCGGUCGAGCACAUUCUCUACAUCUCCUGCGAGAGAAUCGCCAUGUACAGACCAAAUCAACUCAAGCCUCCGGCUGCCAACUUCUACCACCUCAAUCUGCAGAACAACCUGCUCGUCUCCUUGGCGCCGUAUUCCUUCGCCAACUUCACCAACGCGAUCUCCCUUCAACUGGGCAACAACAAACUGCAGGAGAUCGAGGCGGGGGCUUUCCGGGGACUUAGCGGCCUCAAACAGUUACACCUGAACAACAACGAGUUACAGGUCCUACGGGCCGAUAUCUUCCAGGGUUUGGAGAAUCUGGAGUACCUGCAGACCGACUACAACCUCAUCAAGUCCAUCGAGCGCGGGGCCUUUAACAGAAUGCACAAGCUCAAAGUCCUCAUUCUGAAUGACAACCUCAUCUCAUGGCUGCCGGAGAACAUCUUUCGCUUUGCUUCUCUGACGCACCUGGACCUCCGGGGCAACAGGUUGCAAAACAUCCCCUACAUUGGCGUGCUGGAGCACAUCGGGAGGAUAGUGGAGUUUCAGCUGGAGGAUAACCCCUGGAAUUGCUCAUGUGACCUCGUUCCCCUGACCUCCUGGUUGGACAACAUGCCUUACCACCUGUACAUCGGGGAGGCCAUGUGCGAGAUGCCUGCCAACCUUUACGGCAAGCUGCUGAAAGAAGUGACCAAGCGGGACCUCUGCCCGGAGGAGGGGAGCACUAGCUUCGAGCCCACUCUCCCUCCACCCCUGCAGCUGGUCCCCAGGGGAACGAGCAGGACCACCUUUCCCACGGUGUCGCCCAGGGCCACCAACUCGUCGCGGAGGUCGCAGUCGGGCAUCGCCUCUGGCAAGUUCCUCUCCAGCAGUCGUAACUACAGCCAGAUCACUUCCUUGCAGACCAAGGUGACUCCUCAGGUACUGUGCCCGGCGCCGUGUGUCUGCCAGAACCAACUCUCUGAACUGGGCAUGAGCAUCAGCUGCCAAGAAAAGGGGAUUGAGGACGUAUCGGCCUUAAUGCCCCGACCCCCCGGUGCCAGGAAGCUUUUCCUGAACGGUAAUUACAUCAUCGAUAUAGAGCCCUCCGACUUGGCGGACUAUGAAGGGUUGGAUUUGUUGCAGUUAGGUAACAACAAAAUCUCUGUCCUUCAGAAGGGCGUGUUUCGUAACCUGACCAACUUGAGGAGGUUGUACCUGAAUGGUAAUCAGUUGGCCAAGAUCUGCCAGGAGAUGUUCAUUGGCUUGGAGAACCUGCAAUACCUAUUCCUGGAGCACAACAUGAUCAAAGAAGUGGUGGCGGGUACGUUUGAGUCGUUGUCCAAUCUCCAGCUGCUCUACUUGAACAAUAACCUACUGAAAAGUUUGCCCGCCUACGCCUUCGCCGGCGUCCCGCUUGCCCGCCUCAACCUGAGGAACAAUCACUUCAUGUACCUCCCGGUGAGCGGGGUCCUAGACCAGCUCAGGUCUCUGACACAGAUCGACCUCGAGGGUAACCCCUGGGACUGCACCUGCGACCUGGUGGCUCUAAAGCUCUGGGUGGAGAAGCUUCACCAGGGCACCCUGGUCAGGGAGGUAAAGUGCGAGACGCCCGUGAACUUCUCCAGUGUGGACUUGAGGACCCUGAAGAGCGAGGUCCUCUGCCCUCGCCUGUUGAACAAGCCUGUCGUUUUGACCCCCAGCCCGAAAUCCCCGGCGUCCAAGUCCACGCCCUUGAACUUGGCCAAAAGUUCUCCAGGGGGUCCGGUCCCUCUCUCCAUCCUUAUCCUCAGCAUCCUAGUCGUGCUGAUCCUCACAGUCUUCGUUGCAUUCUGUCUACUGGUGUUUGUCCUCCAGCGACACAAGAAAACCAACCCCAAGCAAGAGGGGGGCAACGGCGAGUGCGGGUUGAUGCAAGCGCAUCUCAGUAAGGCGGAAAGCACGCUGAGCUCCGUGCCCCAGACCAUUGAACAGAUGACCAAGAACUACCCUGGAAGUGCCCGAAGCUCGGAGCACGGGCUGUCCUUCGGCGACUCCCAGGGGCAGACCAUCUUCCUGAGGAACAUCUCGGAGAAGGAGAAGGAGGCCGUGCGCUCCGACGGCAAGAAAAGGCUCAGCACCAUCGAGGAGCUGGAUGAGCUGCUGCCGCCAAGGGACUCCCAUUUGCUUUACCGGGACAUCACGGAAGGCAAGCGAGAAAUGAACAGCUUGGGUGUCGGUGGCUUCGAGCUGCAGUAUCCGGAGAAGCAGCACGAGGGGAAAAAACUGAAGAAGUCGCUCUUGGGGAACACACACCCGAAGAUGGUUGUGGAAUUAAGAAAGGGGGAGUAUUUCGAACUGAAAGCUAAACUUCAGGGUUCUCCCGACUACCUGCAGGUCUUGGAGGAACAAACAGCCCUCAGUCAGAUUUAGAGAAAGGUCUGCUACAAUAUAAGUUGUUUUUUUUUAAAAAGAAAUAAUAAUUGGAAAAGUGCCUUUUAUUUACUGGACUUUUCAGACUCCUGAGAUCUGGAUGGAAAGAUGGAGCGGGUCCCACUAUCGCUUUGCCACAACUUGCUCUGCAGAGAUGAUUUUUUUUUAAAUAAGCUGCAGAAUAUCUCUGUUAAAAAAAAAUGAACCCUUCGCAAACAGUCAAGCACCAAGAAGCUGUAAGGCGGACUAUCUACACAAUCAAUGGUAACAGGAUUUUUUUAAAAAUGAAUCCAAUUAAGAUUUCAGUCAUUUCAGACGCGCCCCGCCUAGGUGGAGUCGGUCAGACACCUUAUUUCAGAGUGAAAUAUUUUGUUCUCUUUUUGGGGGGUUUUAUUUUAAUUUCCCGCCCUCCUCCCCAAAGGACUUUUGUUUUGCUGUUUGUGUACCAGCCUGAAUUAUUCUCAUCCAAUAGCCAAUGCUUUAACACAUGUGCUACAUUGACCUGUCCUUUGCAUGGGGAGCUAAGUUGUGUUUUUUUUCGCAAGA